AUGUCAACGCUCAAGCGUGCUCGAGAAUCAUCUUUAGCUGUCUUACACUGUAAUCUUCCUACAAACAAUAAAACCCAAACACCAGAAGCUAUAGAUUUCUCAACCCAAGAUGCUUUCCACCAAGAAAAUCAAGGCAACCCCUUCAAGUCCUACCCAGCCUAUAUUACCAAUCCAAAAUAUGACGUCCUCAACCUAACUCCCCAUUCCUCUUGUGCUCCCUUUAAGUCCCUCACUUUUAUUGACGACCCAUCCAGGAUCAAAAUCUUGCAAUCUUGUAAUGGCUUGCUGCUCUGUUGUAACUUUCGUCCUAAUCGUCUCGACACAACUUAUUACAUUUACAAUCCCACUACAAAGCAUUACACACCACAGUUCUUCCAAAAAAUCGAUCCCUGGAGGCCUUCAAGUCGUCCAUUCGUAGCACCAAGUAAUGUGCAAUUCGAAAACGGUGUUUUCUGGAACGGUGCUAUUCACUGGGUCAGUGACUGGGGAGGUUGGCUAUGUUUCGACGUUGAAGAAGAGCAAAUGAGGGAUAUCCUAAUGCCCUCUGGCGAUGGUGACGUAAGGUUGUACCGGUAUUUCAGAGAAUCCGGAGACCAUUUGCAUCUCGUUGAAGUUUAUGGUUCGGACAAUUUACAGUUUGAUGUGUAUGAGAUGGAGAAAGACCAUUCUGGGUGGUUUGUGAAGUACCAAGUUGAUCUAAAUCCAGUUGCAGCAGCAUUUCCUGAGAUGGUUAGGGGCUAUGCCGAUCCAAUAGACUUACAUUCUUACGCGUUUUCAAUACUAUGUGUUGUUCAUGAAGAAACCGAUGAGGACUCAUUCAUGGUGCUGCAUUUACCUAACAAAGCCAGAAGGUAUAAUUUCAAGGACAACAGUUUCAGAAAGUUGCAUGAUUUUGCUCCACUUCGUUCUAGAGUUGGGGUUGGGGGAGAUAGUUCAUUGGAGUUUGAAUAUUUUGAUGCUUAUCAAUUCAUUGAGAGCUUUGCUUGUGUGUGA